CUUAAUAUUAUUGGAAUUUAAAACUAAAUUAGUGCCACAUAGCUACCUCUCACCCUUCCACAGUGGACAAGUUCUAAUUCUUGCUUAUAUACUUUUUUGUUAACUCUUUAAACUGUCAUCAUUAUAAUUAUAAAUAAAACGUAAAUUAAGUUAAUAACAUGGAAUGCAACCUUUUGGUUUGUUCCUAUCUCUUUUUUCAUACAAAUUCUCUCUAUAAAAAUAAAGUGUAGCAUUGAAAAUAAAAAAAUUGGAUCAAGUCCCAUGAAAACAAACAAACCUCUCUUCUUAUUUGCUCAAAAUCUUAAGAUUUCUAGCAUUUCUUUUCUCUACUUUUUUCAAAAAGAUACAAGAAAGGAAAUAGUAAGGCAUAAUGAGUUUUCACUCUAUAUAAGAAAAUAUGAGGGUGGAGUUACAUGAGAUAAUGAUUAGAUGGGAAACAAUUGAGCAACUAUAACAUAUGUUUAACUAUUGACUAAAAAGUUCAUCCUAUCAUUGCGAAGACGAAUUGAAUGAAGUCGAUGAUUCGUCAUUGCUCCCUCUUCACCCUUGAACUGUAGUUGACAACCGGUCUCUUUUUCCUAGAGAUAUGUGGUUGUUUACGUUGACUGACCAUAUUAAACUCUUCUUUCCAUUUGUUUCUUAAUUUCUUUCAGAUUACAACGACUGGAUGGUAAAUUUCUCUGAUCAAAUCAACGAAGGUAUUUCUCUUCAUUUUUCAGGUAGUUGUUUUAUGGUUCUCUAUGUUGUAUACUUUUAUGUAAACAUGUAAUAGACAAUUGGAAUGGUUUAUUACUUGGACUUAGAGUAUCUCUCCUUUGGUUGAAUAAUUGAUAAUUUUACUUUCCGAUUGCAUCCCAAUUCCAUGGAUGAUAAAAUAAAAUGGAAAGUAGAGUUGUUAGGAUUGUUUAUUAUGUUCAUGAGUGACAUGCUACUAGCUAUAUGAUUAUGAUCUGGUCAGUAAGUAAAACGUAGCAGGAGGUUAUAAGUAGAAGGGAACACAUGUGAGGUUUUAUAAAGGUGUGAAGAAGAAAGAAAAUGGUGGUGGUAGUCUCUAAGUUGUCUAGGUUGACGUUCUUUCAAUUUCUAUACGUUUGCAAUGACAUUGGUUUGUUUCCUUAGCGUGAAUUUUUGCCUAAUUGAAUCCCAAACUAAAACUUGAUUUUGGCAUGAUCGUUUUCUUGACAACAACUAUUUGGAUUGAUGCAUCAAUCGUGUUUAUGAAUGAAGAUUUUACAAGAUACAAUGAGUUGAGUUUUAUUGAAGUAUGCAGCUUUUACAAUAUGUCUAUGUUGUUAUUAGGUAAAAAAAUACACCAUUUUUUUUUGAAGGGGGUAUACAGCUCCCUACAAAUAUAAAUUGUGUUUAUAGGCAGUUUAGUAUGUUGAUAAAUAUUUUUUUAAUGAUAUUCCCCCCUCUCCCCGUUGGUCGAGUCAAUUCUCUCCUCUCCCUAUCGGUCGAGCUUCGAUUUCCAUGCUUUCAAGAAAAUAAGGCUAUCCAGUUGUUGGAAUCCCGUAAUGAAUCGUAUAGCCCUUUUGAUGAUGUCCGAAUGCUUCCUUUUUGGACUGAUAAAUUAGUGACAAUUGAUAGUUCUAUUUUUGGUUGGUUUUGCUAGAACGUUUAGAAGAUAAAUUAAAUGAAUAAGCAGAAGAUUGAUGAUGUGUGAUCCUAAUGUGUUUCCUCAUUCUUCCAAAAUUGCACAAGUAACUAAUAGUGCACGAUGUUCGUGGGAUUUAGAGCGUGAUAUUAUGUAUUAUCAUAUACCAACAUACAAGAAGGGAGAAGAAAUAAAAAGCUCUUUGAUUUUUUAUUAAUUGAAACAUAUUUGCUUAAUUAAUUUUUUAAAACUUCUUUGUCACUAUUGUGUGCUAAGAAACUAAUAGUAUCUAUGUUUAUAUUCUAAAUUGUGGGUUCGAUACCAAUUUAUACAUAAAUAAAGAAAGGUCUACCCAGAGCUCAUUUAAUAAAAUCAAAAUUUCAUAAAUAAACAAAAGAUAUAAAAGUGUGUAACAAUACCUAAAAUCAAGUAAGAUUAACAAUUCAAAGUAUACUAUUUUAACAUACAUAAAUUAUAACAAAAUAAUAGAACGGAAAAAUAAACACCAAUACAAAUGUGCCGCCCAACGGGCGGGUAAAAAGCUAGUUUGAGAGAAGGGUUGAACUGCGUUUAGGGGAGGGGGUGUGAGCUUCCUGAAAUGCCCUUUCGGAAACGCUCCCGGGGCUGGGAUUUUCAAAUGGUCAAAGGGAAAGUUUUUAAAACGUACUAGCGUGGGCCUCGGCCAUUUGGCCGGAAGAAGGUGAGGUAUGAAUUUGAUAAUGUAGCUUAUUGUUGUAUAGUUUUUUUUUUUUGAAACACGUGAUAAAAUAGUGAAUUUUAGUAGGAAAGAGACAUGAAUGAUACAACGAAUCAAAAAUCAGCCUUAUGAACCAAAAUGCAGUACCUGUUACCUUGUGAAACAAUAUUAUUUCUGGUAAUAUGAUGAGGUGGAGUAAGUUUUAUAGAAACCGAACUCCAGAAAAUCUAAUAAAAAAUCGCAUAUCUCGCCGAUUUUCGGGAAAUGAGCAUCUCACAAUCUUUGCUAGCUUUUACUCGGCCGGUUGGCCGAUUAAUUUGCUUUAUAAAACUUUCAUCUUGUCAUCAUUGUGCUUUCUGGUUUUUUGCCAAACCAUGAUAAAGUCUAAAGAAAUCAAGAAUGAACAACACGAUUUGGGAUAGGAACCACCGUUCAUGUAUCCCUAGAAAAUGGUGGUAAACACGGACUCACCUACCAAACUGGUUUGGAUUGAGAUUUUUAUCGGGUAUCAGGGAACCAUGUGAUUAUAAAUUAGACUUGAUCAAAACGAGCCAAAAUUUGAAAUUCAGCAUGUUUGACCGACCCAUGCCAAACUCUAAUUAUUCUUUACUUUUAAACUUUCUAUUUGAAAAUAAAAAAUAAUGAAAGAAAAGAGAUGACUGCAAUUCGCCAUUUGCACAUCACUGAUUCAGGAAUAAAACUAUAUAAUUUCGAAAGGAAACUGAAAAUGUUUAGGAUCGUUUUAAUGUUAAAAAUAACCAAAUAGAUCUUUCUGUUUAGUUUUUUACUAACAAAUACCAAACGAUUCCCAAUAAUAUACACUAUAAUUUAAUCAUUAAGAUAUCAAAUAAUUAUAUAAUAUAUAUUUGAAAUAAUAAAAAUUGGACUAAUUGGGUUGGACGAGGUUGAACCAUUGAAUAACUUUAAAAUACAUUAUAUUUUAGCCACUAAGAUAUAAAAUAAUAGCAUAAUAUAUAUUAUGCUAGAAAAAAUAGUUUGUUUUAGAAUGGCAAACCCAUAAAAAAGAGUAUUGUUUUUGCCUUUUCAUAUAUAUUUUACCACCACGGAGAAAUAAAAGGACUUAAAGAAAAAAAUUGACACUCGUGGACCCGUUUAAAUCCGCAUGUGUACGGUAAGUUGGUCCGUUCCACAGAGGAAAAAGAAAAAAAGUUGACACUCCUUAUUUUACCUUUCCUACAAACGCUCAUGGAGCAGAGAAUUUGAAAUGGGGGAUGAGUUUUUUCCUCUCUGCGACUAUAUGUUUUUAAUUUAACAAGAUACAACAAAUGUACGUAGUGUGAUUUGUUAUGAUCUUUGUUUUUCUUUAAAGAGGUGAUGGGUCGAAUCCUAGUAAGUAUCUUUUUAAUAAAUAAAUAAAAGUAAUUGUGAAGACAAAAAUGUACUUCCUACUUUCACUCUGGAUGCAAGAAAUUUCAAAGGGGGCUUCAAGUUUUCUCAUUUGAGUUUUAUUUAUUGUGUAGAUAGAUGUAGAUUAUUAGUUCUUUUAGUAAUAUAGAGAACCAAAAGAAGCAAUCCAUGUUGACUUCGUUUCUUAUAUGAGCUAAUAGCUCUUCAUCUGAGUUGUUGCCAGUUUAUUCAGCAUUUCCCUUAGCUGGUUAACACCCUCUACUUUUGUUGUUGUAUCUAUAGAACUUUGUCAUUCUCAAUUAUUGGACGGGUAUGUACAGGUAGUUUGGAUACCCGUUAUCCGUCCCGUAUAAGUAACGAGUACCCGUUAAUCCUUAUGGGUUUGGGAUAUGGAAAGGAUUUUGCUCUCUAAACGGAACCGGGUACCCAUUUCAAACGGGACGGGUAUCCAGUCCCGUCCCGUUCCCCCUUAACCCAUCCACAUUGUGGAUGGUCAAAGUAAGAACAACGUUUUGGGCCGUGAUUAGAAUGAUAGCCCAAAACUUUUGAAGGCAUAAGGGCCCAAGGAACAGAGAGGCCCAGCUGCAGUUCCCUCCUUCCAAAUCCAAACCACGCCGUCUGUUCGUUUUCUCCGUUUGUUUUCUUUCCUAUUCCCCUCAACUCGGGAGCACACUGGGUUUACUGGUUUAGGGUUGAAGCCACAAAGAGGAAGAAAGAAACACAAUAAUCAGCAAGAAGAGGGAAACCAUGGAUGAAACCAAGAAGGAGAAUGGCAGCGAUAAGCAGCGGGAAGUUGCUCCUUCUACCGCGCUUGGUUACUUGGAACCUCACUACUGGGAUGAUAGAUUCUCCAGUGAAGAACACUACGAGUGGCUCAAAGAUUAUUCUCAUUUCCGCCAUCUCAUUCUUGCCCACAUCCCUCCCAACUCCUCUGUUCUGGAGCUUGGUUGUGGGAACUCGCAGCUGUCUGAUGAAAUGUACAGGGAUGGGAUUAAGGACCUAACCUGCACUGAUUUGUCCCCUGUGGCUGUUGACAGAAUGCAAAGGCGGUUACUUUCCAAGGGAUAUAAAGAAAUUAAAGUGAUGCAAGCUGACAUGCUAGAUCUUCCAUUUGGGGAUGAGUCGUUUGAAGUGGUUAUCGAGAAAGGGACCAUGGAUGUGUUGUUCGUCAACAGUGGUGAUCCGUGGAAUCCGAAGCCUGAGUCUGUAAACAAGGUCAGGACAAUGCUUGAAGGCGUGCACAGGGUUCUCAAACCAGAUGGGAUCUUCAUAUCAAUAGCUUUCGGCCAGCCACAUUUCAGGCGGCCUUUGUUUCAUUCUCCAGGAUUGACAUGGUCUUUUGAGUAUAGCACUUUCGGGGAUGGGUUCCAUUAUUUCUUCUACAUCAUGAGGAAGGGUAAAAGAUCGUUGGAGGAUGAAGAAUCUGGCAAGAAGAUGGAGGUGCCCUCCAUUUGUCUACUUCAAGAAGAACUGGAGGGAGAAGACUAUAUUUUCCGCAACAGUAUUGGCGACGAUCCAUCGGACUGAUUCUGUGUACUGUUUUGAGUUUGACUGUCCAUUUCUUGUACUAGUGAAUUCUUUCAUAUUUAUACCAUUGAAUUCUCUCAUGAAAUGUACACGUUCGUCCCCUACUAGAUACUGCUGUGUACUUGCAUAAUGUCGAUAGCCUGGAAAUUCGUCAAUGCAAUCAUCCAUGAUCACAUCAAACCUCAGUCGACGACGUUUCUUCUCUUUCCAGUCUGUUCACUAUGUUCAAGAAUUUGUUAUGCUCAUUCAACCUUCUCUAUUUCUUGUACAUGUUGUUUAGAGUCUUUGAUGGCAUCGUUCCUCUAAUCGUUUCGCUCAUGGCUGUCACUGUUUGGCCUAUAGAAUCAAGUUAUCUCUGACAAUUCUAAGAAUAAAUGAACUGAAAUGAC